AUGCCGGUAUUUUUGGGCUAUGCCCCAUCAGAUGACCCAGCCGAUAAUUGUUGUAGCGUUUCGUUAUCACCGCGGUUGGGUAGCUUGGUGUAUUGCGAGGCGUCUUGUAGACUCGACCUAACGCCUUGUGCCUGCAUACACCACGAGCGUCCACCUGCAGGUGAAGGAUUGUACGGCAUCAAAUUAGUUGAACUAAAAGGAUAUGGUAAUAUGGGUACUUGCCAUUUAUCGAGAAAGAACACCAGUGGUGCUCGCUCGCUAAUCCAAAUCCUGCAAUGA